AUGGGAUGCUUUUCAUCGAAAAAAUCAAUCCAUCCAAAGUCAACUGAGGAAGUCUUUGUGGAGAAUGCCAUAGCAAAGCAUAAGGUAGUAGUUUUUUCAAAAACUUAUUGCCCAUACUGUGAUGACGUUAAAGCGUUAUUCAAGAAAUUAUCGGUUAGAAGUCAAUAUAUCGAAUUAGAUUUACGUGGCGAUGGAAGGAGGAUACAAAAUAUUUUACAACAAAAAACUGGAGCUUCUACGGUACCUAGAGUAUUUUUAAAUGGCGAAUGCUUAGGUGGUGCUAGUGAUGUGAUAGCAAUGCAUAAUAAAGGGGAACUGAAAAAGAAACUUCUUAAAGCUGGCGCUACUCGGUAA